AUGAAUCCUGCACAAAAAAUUGCUCAUUCUGGCCUGGAAGAGGUUAACGUUCCGGGUCCGGUGUUCCUGAAGGCUGCCCUUUCCGAGUGUGAUGAUCCACUGAAGGCUAUCGAGUCAUUUCAAGUGGAAAAUGGCAUCUUGCUACCAUCGUUACGGCCUAUGCUCCCAUUGCUCGAUUUGCACGGUGUACGCCGGCUGGAUUUCCAUACAUCCGUACUGGAGGAGCUGCGAGAUAAGCUGAUCGCACACAUCAACGAGCUGGGCGCCAAAGAGGGCCGCCAGCGGGACUUGAAGUUGAAGGAGCUGCUGGUGAAAAGUUUCCCGGUCGUUCGCGUUAAAGCCCUGCGGCCGGUUGUUAUGUGCAUCCUGCGCAAUACGCCGCACAUUGAAGACAAGUAUCUGCGGAUCUUGGUGCGCGAUCGAGAACUAUACCAGGACACGGACACCGAAGUGAAGCGCCAGAUCUGGCGUGACAACCAGUCACUGUUUGGUGAUGAAGUUUCGCCUUUACUGUCGCAGUAUAUUCGCGAAAAGGAACACAUCCUGUUCGAUCACCUGAAUUUGAACAAUCUGUUCUUUACACCGACACCGAAAGUACGUCGGCAGGGCGAGGUGGUACAAAAGCUGGCCCACAUGAUUGGCAACAGUGUCAAGCUGUACGAUAUGGUACUACAGUUCCUUCGGACACUGUUUUUACGUACGCGCAACGUGCACUAUUGUACGCUCCGGGCGGAACUGUUAAUGGCGCUGCACGAUCUCGAGGUACAGGACAUCAUAUCGGUGGAUCCGUGCCACAAGUUCACCUGGUGUUUGGAUGCGUGCAUCCGCGAAAAGAACGUCGACAUGAAGCGUUCGCGCGAGUUGCAGGGUUUCCUCGAUAACAUCAAGCGCGGUCAGGAACAGGUGCUGGGCGAUCUGUCCAUGACACUGUGUGAUCCGUACGCGAUCAACUUUCUGGCCACGUCCGCGAUAAAGAUUUUGCAGCAUCUCAUCAACAACGAGGGACUGCCGAGAGAAAACCAGAUACUGGUACUGUUGCUCCGCAUGCUUGCCCUCGGACUGUCCGCCUGGGUCAUGAUUGAUUCGCAAGAUUUCAAGGAACCGAAACUGGAUAGCCAGGUGGUGACGAAGUUUCUGCCCGCACUAAUGUCGCUAAUGGUGGACGAUCAAGUGCGCCAUCUGCACUCGAAGUUGCCACCGGAUGAACGCGAAAGUGCGAUCACGACGAUUGAACACUCUGGACCGGCACCGGAUGCGGUAGAGGCUUACAUUCAGGAAAAUGCAGUCGCAUCGAUCCUCGCGAUGUACUACACGCUACACACCGCACGCCAGAAGGACCGUGUCGGUAUCCUGCGCGUCAUGGCCAUACUUGCCUCCUGCAAGGACGAUCGUGCGUACGAGGAUCCGUUCCUACAUUCGCUGAUCGCGCUCAUCAUACCGAUGUCGGAGGAGUUCGCCAACGAAGACUUCUGCACCGGACUGUUCGAUGAAUUCCUGUUCGCUGGGUUAACGCGCGAUAACGUUACGCGACACAUGCUGAAGCUGCUCUGGUACAUCCACCAGAAGCUACCGCAGGCACGGCUGAUGACGCUGAUGAAGGCGCUGCAACCGACAGCACAGCAUCACGAGAGCGUACACAAGCUGUACGAAAAUCUCCAGAAGCGGGUCGGUGCGCUCACGCAGGAACCGCAACCCGAACCGAUGGAAACGGAUUUUGAUUCGCCGCUCAAAAAUGUCCCCACUCCCGGACCUCAUUAUGUGAGUUAG